CAGAACUAUAUUAGUUCACCAAAUCACCAGCUCUCAAGGGACUUUAAAGCAGCUGGAGAAAGACACAGUGCCAAGUCAUUUAUUGCUCAUCUUCCUUGCCUGGAAAUUGGUGAGUUCAGACAGUUAGGACCAGAGCAUGUUUGUGACUGCGCUCCUGCUUCUGGUCGCUCUGUGUGCCAAGGGAGGACAUGGCGAGGAGAGAGCAGAGGCACAGAGAACCGGCCAUGUUUCAGUGGUCAUAGUGGGAGGCACAGGUGACCUGGCAAAGAAGUACCUGUGGCAGGGCUUCUUCCAGCUGUACGCUAACCAGGUCGGAAGUGGAAACACCUUUUCCUUCUAUGGCGGAGGACUGUCACCUGCCGACACGGCCACACCGGUCCUCUUUGAGAUCCUUAAGGCGGUGUCCUGCUCAAAGGAUGUAUCACAGGAGCGCUGUGCUCUGCUCAAAGAGCAGUUCCUGCGGCUCGCACAGUAUCGGCAGCUGAAGACCUUAGAGGAAUACCAGGAUCUGGCCAAGCACAUUGAGCAAGAGCUUCAACAAGAGGGAAUGACCGAGGCAGGCAGGCUAUUCUACCUCUCAGUACCAGCCUUUGCAUAUGCAGAUGUGGCUGAUAAGAUAAAUAAUAGUUGUAGGCCGACUGGCGGGGCGUGGCUGAAAGUGGUGCUAGAGAAACCUUUCGGACAUGACUUCAGGAGUGCUCAGGUACUUGCAACUCAGCUCGGGAACUCCUUGAAGGAUGAAGAAAUGUACAGAAUUGACCAUUACCUGGGGAAACAGGUGGUUGCAAAGAUACUUCCAUUCAGAAUAGAGAACAAGAAGUUUCUGGAUCCCAUCUGGAACAAGCACCACAUCGAGAGGGUGGAGAUCAUAAUGAAAGAGACCCUUGACGUUAAAGGUCGGAUUUCCUUCUAUGACCAAUACGGGGUGAUCAGAGAUGUGCUACAGAACCACCUGACUGAGGUCAUGACCCUGUUGACGAUGAGGCUUCCCGUGAACCUCAGCAGCAGUGAAGAAGUCCUCCAAAACAAGCUGCAGAUCUUCAGUUCCAUGCUGCCUUUGGGAAAGAAUCAGGUUGUGGUCGGCCAGUACCAGGCAUACCAAGCAGCAGUUCAGCAGGAGAUGAAUAAGACCAAAGGUCAUGUCAGUCUCACACCAACAUUUGCAGCUGUUUUGGCACACAUCGAUGAGGCCCAGUACGAAGGUGUGCCAAUCCUUUUGAUCUCAGGGAAGAUGUUAGAUGAACGGGUGGGAUAUGCACGCAUACUUUUCAAGAAUGACAUCUUCUGUAUUCAGAACCCCGAUAGCGUCCACUGCAAGCCCAAACAAAUAGUUUUCUACUUUGGGCAUGGCAAUCUUCAAUAUCCAGCAAUUCUUGUGAGUAAGAAUUUAUUCCGGCCAGUUUUGAUGGACGGUGAAUGGAAGGAAGUGACGGAGCAUAAAGAUGUCAAUGUUCUAGGUUUACCUAUUUCAGACUACUAUGUGCAAACUCCAACAAAGCAGAAGGAGGCCUAUUCAGAACUUAUUUCUCACAUUUUCGCUGGAAAUAAAAAUAGUUUCAUUAGUGCUGAAAACCUGCUGGCCUCCUGGGGCUUAUGGACUCCACUACUCAAUAGCUUAGCCAGCUCUUAUCCCCGCAUUUACCCCGGGGGAACCGACAAUAGAGACCUGCUGGACAUCCGUGUGAAUGGUAAAGACAUCGAAUACAACACUGAGGUGGUGAUAAUCGGCGCUGAUCAGAUGGGUGGCUCUGCGGCAAACAGUUUCCAAGUAAUGCAGGGCAAAUUCCGUAGUGCUGACAUGGUGUCGGCCUGGCCUGAGGAGCUGGUGGAGAGGCUGGCUGUGGACAUUCAUGAAGCAGCGGAGGCAGCUGUGCGUGAGGGCGGCGUUUUCCAUCUUGCCCUCUCCGGUGGGUCCACUCCCCUCGCUCUGUUCCACAGGUUGGCCCUGCACCACUUCUCCUUCCCCUGGCGCUACACCCAUGUGUGGAUGGUGGACGAGCGGUGCGUGCCGCUGACUGAGCUGGAGUCAAACUUUCACGGCCUGCACGACCAUCUACUGCAACAUGUAAGGAUUCCCUAUUACAACAUCCACCCCAUGCCAGUGCAGCUCAACCAGCGUCUAUGUGUGGAGGAGGACGGAGGAGCGCGGCUGUAUGAGAAAGAGAUCGGCAACCUGGUUAACGACUCCAGCUUCCACUUUGUGCUGCUGGGCGUCGGCUAUGACGGCCACACAGCCUCUCUGUUCCCCGCUAGUAAAGUGGAUGAACUGGGGGAGAGUCUGGUGGCGCUCACUGAGAGCCCCAUCAAACCUCACCAACGCAUGAGCCUCACUUUCAGUGCCAUUAACCGAGCUCGUACGGUGGCUCUCUUAGUGAUGGGCAAAGGCAAGCAUGAACUGAUCACCCAGCUGAGCCGAGUGAAGGAAAACCCAGAGAAGUGGCCCGUCACCGGGGUGAAGCCUGAUGACGGCAGGCUAGUCUGGUACAUAGACUAUGACGCACUUUUAGGAUAGGCUCAUAUUGCUUUCAAUCAGACUAUUUUUUCAAUGAGCCAGCAGGACCAGUGGGUUUACAUGUUUUAGUUUAUUAACUAUAAUCCCCUUCAGGUCUCCCUCUGAAGCUACUCCCCCAAAAUAACCAUAAUGAACCUAAACAACAACCUAUUGUUAGUACACACAGCUGUCAACCCAGCAGCUCGUGAAAGACUGCUGAUGCACAAUGAGUGCAGGUUGGCUGAUUACAGUCAUUACAGUCCUGCAACAGAUACAAGAUAUAGAUUUAGAUUUUGUCACAGGAUUUAUUGAUUUCUGUAGUGAAGUAAUGAGAUUACAUUACCCGCCCUAGCUCUUCCUUUACUGCUGUAUUUUUCUACUUUAUUCCAUCAGGUUGCUUUCAGGAAUGUUGAGUCUUUACAAUAUGAAAUUCAUUCAAAUCUCUCUCUGUGUGUGUGAAAUACAUAUGCAGACUUAUUUUCAUAGUUUAUGCCUAUAUAUGUGUGAGAUGAGUGAAAAUCUAGACUACCAUUAUUCACAGAGUACAUGGUAUGUAGCACUUUAUGCAUAUCUGUAAACAUCUUGUGCCAACUAACAAACUAAGAUUUAUUACUUAUUAUUAUUUUAUUACCCAGGGUGCUUGUAUGAUCUCAGGUGAUUUUGUGAAUUGGCAGAUGUUCAAUUUGUAAUCCACACUUCUCGAUUGUAUGUUUUCUAUAGUUAAGUGGCAGUGACCCACUUAACAUUUCAUCAGUGAGAAAAUACUGUGCGACUGGUGUCAUUCAAAUAUAUACAUACAUAUAAUAUUAAUAUAUGUAUUAUUAAUAUAUGUUCUUGAAAUGCUUCAGGUUAUUAUAAUUAAAUAAAUGAGUGGGUGCACAACUAAUAAAGCAGCACAUUACUGACCCAUUCACAUUCCACUGUAAAACAAUGUGGAACUAGAAUACUUUUUAUACAUGUAGUCCAAACAAGAGCAGCUUUAUUUAGAUUAUUAAUAUUUUGAUUUAUAUACCUUCUUUGGAUUAGUGUGCCACUGAGUUUCAGCAAUCAUGUUAUUGUGUUUCAGUUUGAUCUAUCUUGGUGAGCAUUAUUUCAGCUGAAGAGAGGAGACAUUGUCCUGCAUCCUGUUUUUGAAAAACAGUAAGGGUGUGUAAAGAGCAAGUAGAAAACAGUCUGUGUUAUACAGUCAUUACAUCUACAAAACAUUUCAACAUGAAUUGUAAGGUGAGCACCACGUGUUGUAAUUUUGAUUUUCUUUUCAUAAAUAUCUUUUUCCAUUUUGUGAGAGUUAUAAACUGAUUCAAAUCGAAUGCAUUUCCCUUGAAAUGUAUUGCUAUAAUCUGUUGCUUUUCCAGUGAGCUAAACCUCUCAUUCAGUACUGUAUUAAUGAUUAUUACACUGAAUAAAGCAAAAGAUACAUAUGUAUUAGCUUUCUAUGGCUAAUAGUUACAUGAAACAAAUGUCCCAACAAAUAAAAAGCAAACAGCUUUGAACAAUC